AUGGCUGUUCUAGACUUGAACGAAGCAUCCCCGUCCGACAAUGAAAUUGGGGCCCGUGAUGAGGCCAUCAUCGAUCGCAAAAUAAUUCCACGCAGAGGACACACUAAAUCGAGGAGAGGCUGUGUCACUUGCAAGCGAAGAAGGGUCAAGUGCCCUGAAAAUACCCCCGUGUGUCGCAACUGUGAGCGCCUCGGUCUAUUUUGCCAGUAUGGGGCUAUGGGUGACUCGGGGAGUCAUCCCUCGGCGCCAUUGCAGUCCACCGGUGGUCACUUCUCAAUCGGCGACUUCCAACUAUUCCAUCACUUUGUUCUUUAUGCGUAUCCUCCGCUACCAAUACGGGGCAAAGCGGUUUGGGACGGCGUAUGCCAGUUUUCUCACGAAUUUGACUUCUUGAUCCACGCCAUGCUCGCGUUGUCCGCGUCACAUUUCGAUCUGUGCAGUGGCAGUGAGGGGCAUAAAACACAGGCACUCUCUCACCGUACCACCGCUAUCGCCCGGAUUAACAAGGCCCUCGACAGCCCUGUCAUGUCAGGCGCUAGGGGUGAUGCCCUGUACGCAGCACUCAUGGUUCUUGCGUUUCAAUCGUCCUAUAUGUCUGAUGGCAUGCUCGAGAUAUAUCCCAUGAUCCGCGGAUGUAUGAUGAUGAUCAAAUCGGCAUCAGUCAACCUGUCAUUGUUUCGUCAAUUCACAGUACAAGACCACGAAGAACAGGUUCGAACUAUUCUCCAGAGUGAACCUUUGAGCGACCAUAGCUCUCCUCCCCUGAAAUUAUUAUUGGAAUCUCUUAGAGCCAUACGCCCUCUGUGUCAAACCAAACUUGAAAUUGAUUAUUUCGGCACAGUCGAGAAUAUCAUCACUAUGGCAACUUAUUCUCAAGUCUUCUCGUUUUUCGAAGCAUAUCAGGUGUUUAGUCAGCCAACGCAAGAAGAGUUUAACGCUUUUAUGAGCCCAGGAAACUAUGUCGCUCAACUACUAAUGAUUCACUUUUUCAUCGUCGAAUAUGUUGUGGGGCUGAAGAUGAUACCGUCUAUAUUGAGUUCAAUGCGGUUCAAGCCGGAUAUCAUUAGAGCGUGGGUAACUGAGGUCAAAAGCAUUCUACCAAAAGAUUAUAAGUGUUAUAUGGCCUGCCCCAUGGAAUUCAUUGCUAUGGGAUGUUGUAAUAUCGUUUGA